CAAAGAUGGACACCGACUGAAUUACGAAUGCUGCUCAGUUGGAAGAAUCCAUAGAAACUUUAUCAGACUCAAAACUUUGGGUGUAAAUGUGGGUUCCCUGGGGCUACUGACUUAGCCGAGUCGACCUCAUGAGACACGGCUCUGCUCAAUCUGCCCAAGCUGCUCCGAGAGGAAGCCAGAAAGUAGGGAAGAGCAGGGACAAUGGUCUCUCCUUACUCGCUGACCGUGUGCGCUGCUCGCAUUUAACGUUUACACACAACGAUGACAGUGAUUUGCUGAGUACACGGGCUAGAUGUGCAGAUAUUUAUACUUUCCCUAACGAUCCAAGCGAGGAGGACGGUGUGGAGUUUAGGUUAACCAAAGGCUAUGUUACCAGUGGAGUGAAGGGUGUGAGCGUCCACGGCUGGGGCAGUAGUACGCUGCGCGCCGAGGAAUCCGAGUGCUCGACUGAGCAGAAGGGGGGGAAAAUGAGUACAGUUGAGCAUCAAGCCACCGUAGACAAAGGACUCAAGAUGAAAAUUAAAAGGAAAAGUGUUGGAGCUAAAACCGCAGAUUCGAAACAUGAAAUUGUGAAAAGUGAAGGUUCAAAGUGCAGUGGAGCAGGAGAAGGUAGGAGUGUUACCGCUGGAGCAGUGAACGCUGCCAGCUCAAACCCGUCAGUGAACAUGCCAGGGGACAAAGCUGGUAAACAUGGCGUGCACGGGGAAAAGGAGAAAUCCCCCAAAUUGAAAAACGCACACAAAAAGGAAAAGGCUAAGGAUAAAGUGAAAUCAACGUGUGAUUCUACUACGACGGCUGUGUCGCCGCCGGUGAGUGUGAAUGGUGUUGUGAAUACAAGCGUUAGUGGAAAUACCAAUGUGUUGAUGAACGGGCAUGAUAUGGCUGGCGGCCCCGUGCUAGCCAACGAGCCUAAACCCGGGGAGGUACCAUGUACCACCAAAAAGGAACCAGCUCUGGAUCCUUACGAAUUUAAUGCCAAAGUUGAGGAUGGGAUAGGAGUACCUAUGAAGAAAAUGAAAGUCGAAAAGGUUGAGACAGCUUCUUCACCUGUGCACCCAUCGUCCAUGUGUCAAGAUGCCAGUACAGAAAUGUGCAAUGUAGCGGUCAGCACAGAACCCGAGUGUUUGGGACCCUGUGAACCUGGCACUAGCGUUAACCUCGAGGGCAUUGUUUGGCACGAAACUGAAAAUGGUGUUCUGGUGAUUAAUGUUACCUGGAGGGGAAAGACGUAUGUAGGCACACUUUUGGACGCUACACGCCAUGACUGGGCACCACCACGACUGACGUCUGAUUCUCCUGUAAGUGACUUGGAAGUGCGAACACCCAAAGGACGUGGGAAGCGAGGCAGAGGUGGUGGAACGCCUGUCAAUGAUCGAACCGUUGGUGCAAAUGAAGCUAGGAAAUUAAGAAAAGGACGAAGAACUAGCAAUGCCAAUGGAUUUCAAGCCCCACCAAGUCCCGCCAAAUCUGAUGUUGGAACAGGGGCUAAGCGGAAAGGCCGACCACCGGAGCUGGAUCUAGCCAGUAUUACAGAAGGUGUGAAGCCACCCAAAAGAAGUCGCUCCAGCUCCAGAGGUGCACCUAAUGUAGAGAGCCCUUCUUCAAUCUUGAUUGAAUGCCCAGAACCGAAUUGUAAUAAAAAAUACAAGCACAUCAAUGGUUUGAGGUAUCAUCAGACUCAUGCUCAUCAAAAUAUUAGCCCAGUGGCGGAGCUGGAGGCUGAGGACACUAAGUCUGGUGAUGCAGAAUCUGUGAAGGAUGGUGAAAGUGUUGAACUGGCAAAGGAUUCAAAGUCAAAUUCAAGUGCAAAAGGAAACAAGGACAGUGAAACUGGAUCUAAGAAAAGUGACAAGUGCUCUAAUAAAUCUGAGAAUAGUGGUGAAGGUGGUCAGGAUGAGGGUUCAGUCUCUACCAGACAGUCCAAGUCUGCUGAGGCCACUUCUGGCUCUCACAAAUCAGAUACUGCAUCAAAGAAAAAAGAAACGACAGUAUCUACUUCCUCAUCGGGGUUUUGUAAUACCUCUCCAAAGACCAGUGUUUCAUCACAAAUUUAUCAAUUAGCAGCAGCUCCAAUUGGCUGCUUAGGAGGUGCUGCAUCUCUUCCCCAAGCAUCUGGUUCUAGUGCUACAGUAACCACUGCCGUCAGUCAGUCUCCCACAAGUUCAGUAUCUUCAGUUUCGAACACAUCAGGCAGCAUGUCAACAACAACAACUCAUUCUGACUCAGUUAAGUCAGAAACUGGGAAGGACUCUGAGAAACAAAGUAAAGGAGAAAAGGGAGACAAGUCGAAAUCAAAGACUUCAACACGUCCCAUCAUGCCCGCACCAUCUCCUCAAAUGAUUGCAUUGUCAUCCAAUGUCCCAGUUAGUCAUUCCAGUUUAAACCCUGUUUCCACCCAUGCUCAGAUGUCGCCUUCACUGAAACCCAUUCAACCCAAACCUACAAUAAUGGGCGAGCCAUCCAGUGUUAACCCAUCAUUGAUGGGGUUAAAAGACAAGAAGACAAAAACUAAAAAGAAGAGUAGCAAAGACAAGGAAAGAGAGCCAGGAAAGCCAGCUUCAAAGGAUGGCAGUGUGAAGGAUGAUUCUGUGAAAUGUGAACGAUCAGGUGUUAUAAAAUCAGUUUCUUCCCCUAUCAGGACAAGUGAUGGUUCAAAGAAGGAUGCUUCACUGGCAGAGACUUCCAAGCUCAUUGCUGAAGCCCAGCGCUCUGUAGCAUCAUGUGGUAUGAUAGGUUCACAGCUGUCUCCAAAUUUAAUGGAAGCCUCUCCUCAUGGGACCAGAAUUCCUCAGACUGGAAACAGAGACAUUAGUAAAGCAGGUUCGCCCCUUCAGGUGAACACCCCUGAUCGCAAGAGCCCUGUGAACGAUGAUGUUCAAAGCCCUGCGUAUUCUGACAUUUCUGAUGCCAACGACAGUGCUUCGUUAGGGAGUACUGAGGAAGUGCCUGAAAAACCAAAACGUGCUGAAAACGAGGGCAAGAAAGAUGAUAAAGGCCAAACCCAAAGAUCUCAACCUUCGUCAGAAAAUCCAGGUAUGUCCCAGUUUGGGAUGUACUCCUACUAUGGGCAGCAUCAGUCCCCAUAUAUGAUGCCUCACAGCGGCCAGAGAUGGGGAUGGUAUCAAAAGGAAGCAGACUCAUUAGCUGAGGCCUCUGAAGAAAAUAAACCAAAGAUACAACAACAAGAGGUAGGACCUCCUGGAAGACAGCAGAUGACUCCUCAACAAAUGCAGGAGUAUCAAGUGCAGCAGCAGAAGUGGUUGCAGCAAAUGUACGCUUUGCAAACCAUUCCUCCUCAAUACCAGUAUUUAGCGGCUUACGGUUAUGGUGUUGACCCAGCCUAUCACAUGCAUCUUAUGGGUACAGACCCUCAUUACAGGCAGCAUAAUGAGAAAAUGAUGGAGGAGCAGAAACGAGCUCAUGAGGAGCGUUUCAAGGCUGAAGAAAGGGAACACGGAAAAGAUGGAACGAGACGAUCAGGGACUGAGGAAGGACGGGACUUAAGCACGCCUUCCAAAUAUGGUCAAAUUUCUUCGUCCAAAUCUUCAGAUAGACCCACAGAUCUGAGGAGACCAACGGCCACAGCUGUGCACCCGGAUAGUGUUGCCAGAGAACAAAGUUUACGGGAUAAACGAAUGGAAAACCAUCAGAUCAUUAAAGAAAACAUUGAGCUGAAGCCACAGAUGGAUAAAGAAAAGGCCAAGCAGGAAUAUGAAGCCACAUACAGAAUGCAUGAUAAGCAUGAAGAUGAUUUGAGACGCUAUUACAUGAUGCAACAAAAUUUAGCUUUGCAGCAGAGAAUUGGUGAUGGCCGCAAAAUUGAUCCUUCUGGUAAACCAUCUGAGUCCUCGCCAGCCAAAUCCAGCUCUGGAGAGAAACAUGGCCAGGAUGGUAAAUCUCACACAGUUGGAUCAGACCAUGCAGGCGACACACCUAAAAGAGAGGCAACAGAUUCUAAAUCGAGGGACAGCAGUUCAGGGAAAAACCCUUCCGAUCCUUCUAAGUUUUCGGAAGACAAGUUUAGAAGUGAGAAACCUAGGACUGAUGAUCCCAGGAAUCCACGAAUAGGUUACGCAGGCUCUGCUCGUGGGAGCCCUGCCACAUCAGCCACAACUCCAACAUCCAACGCCCAAUCUCAGGCCUCUUAUGCAUCUUACAUUUCCUACCCAUACAUGCAGUCUCCCUAUGGACAUCAGAUUCCGUUUGAUCCUAAUCAUCCAAUGUACAGAGGAAUCAAUCCGGUGAUAGGUUAUGCUAAUCCUACAUAUCUCCAUCCAUCUCAGCUAGGUUAUAGAAGUGGUCAAGGAGAGGUGGACGAAAAGGCCAAGGCUAGUUUAGUAAGUGCAAGUUCCCCGAGCCCCAAGGUGGGACCUUCAAUGAAUCCAGACUCGGAUCCCAAAGCUGUAGAACUGUUACAGCACCACGCAUCAACAGUAUUACCCGGGCACAAAAUACAUGAACUGCAAGAAAAGGGACGUUCUAGUUCCCGUAGUUCGCCCAUGUCAAAGACGACAGAUCCCGCAUCAACCGCUUCACCGCUUGAAAAACACAGAGAAGCAACAACAAAGUCCCCACCUACUCAGCGUCAUGUGCACACCCACCAUCAUACCCACGUCGUUGGAGGAUUCCCCCCCAUGUAUGGGACUUAUGGUGCCCCAAUUAUUGGUCAACAGUCCAGCACACCAUCAUCCCCAGGGUCUGGGUCUCCCUCAGCUGUAGCAGCUACCCAGGGAUCCCACAUCAAUACCCCACUAAGUGAGACAGGGAUCUGGCUACGGACAAAGGCAGGAAAACCCUCUCAACAGCUGCUGGCUCAUGUUGUGAAAGGUUGUGUCAAACUGUGAAAAAGACUUAGACCAGGAAAGGUCUGGAGGAGUUUCCCACACUGACGGGUGAUCUAAACAGGCUGUUUGUAUAUAUAAUAUAUGUGUAUACAUUGCGCCAAAUAGAUGAGGAAUUUGGUGCUGCGCCAUAUGGUUGCCAGACUCUUGUUGGCAUUGUGCUCUUUUUUCACUGUUUUUAUUUUCUUUCCUUGUUCCCCCUAAAUCUGUGAUGAAGGUCCAAGGAUCUUAAGGAAGCUCCGGCAGAUGGAAGAAAAAAAGACUUCUAAAUUUGUCAAAGUUUCCUGUACCCCCUUCCCCCUCCUCCCAUUGGAAAUUUGGACCAACUGAACUGUUAAAAAAUUUACACCUUGUUGCUACAAACUUGCUGAUUGUGAUGCUUGGCAGUGAUGACAUUUAAACUUGUGUGCCAUUAAUUAUCAUUGCGAAGGAGUGGAUAAUAAAUUUUCUACUUCUUCUCUGCGAAAGCUGAACCCUGGGACAACGCCGCCUUUGUUACUGACUGUAACUGGGUUAUAGACUGGUUUUCAAGCCAGCCAACCUGGACCAAAUGUAUACAUUCAGUUAUAAUGUGAUUUGAUUAGAGGGAGCCAGAGCCUAAGCUGACUGGAUAGAGACCGUGUACAGCUGUGUAAGCCAGACGCUAUGAACAGGCUUUGUAGCUGGCGCUCGGCUAAGGCUAAUCGCUUCUGUUUGCUGUUGUGCUUCAAAGGCUGUUCUCCAGAUAUUGAUUAAAGCCGCUGGUUGUGCGUCUAUGACAGUAAAAUAUAGCCUACGGGGAUAAGUGUUCUAAGCCGGCUAGUGCCGGGAAAGAAGGCGGACAAUACUACAACACUUGCUGUCAAUAAGGAACAAUUGUCCGAUUCGCAGUUUCUGCGCCGGCAUACAGAACAUUGUUUCCGUGGAUGAAAGCUUUGGAGACGUACAACACGUGAUGAAUGACGUUGUGCUAAUUGCCUAAUUUAAAGUUACAAAUUGCGCGUGAUCAUCAUGAGUGUGUACAGACAAAUUACAUGUAUCUCGCAUAAGAACAUAGAUACUAGGUAUACCUAUAAUGUUAAAGGGUUCAAGUCCACAUGGCUGGGAGAAGGAAGGUGCAUGGGUGUUGUUUGUGGGCUGUGUCUUUGCUUGGAGCCAUUGGUCGUAUAGACCACCCAACGCUUCUCCACUACAGCCUGUGUUCGUCAAACAGAAACCUGCUUUAUAGCCGUGGAGCUGUGUUGUCCUGUACAGCCAGAUUUGAGUCAUUCACAACCUGAUCUCUCCUGUAAAUAUAGCCCAGAGCCAAGGGUCACAUUUAAACAUAGUGUGUGUCAAGUUGACAAACGGGGCAGGUUCAGGGCCUCGAGUCUCUUCUAUUGGACGUUUUUUUUUCUUCUGUCAGUCCACAAACCGACUGACUGUUUGUUGCUAAAGCUAUCAUGUUCCGCACGUGGAUCUUUAGAGUAUUUUAAACAUAUUUUAUUCUGAGUUGACUAUAUAUAAUCCGCAAGAUUUAUUCUAGAUGAUUUAUAUAAAUGUGUAUAAAAUGAGCGUUUUUAUUGUUUCAUUUAUUCCCCCCAAUGUGUUAUGCACGAGAGACUAGGAGCAGAUGUGAGCGAUAGCGAGCGUUAAAUGACAUGAGAGAGUUCAGCACAGCAUGUGAAUAAGGUGGAAAGGUCGUGAGAUAGGCAGGCCAGCCAUUGUGGCGCUGGGGAUACUUUAUAGCACUGUUUGUUCACAUCCACAUUGUAGCCGUCACUCAGGGCCUCGCUAUCCUUCAUGUCUGUUUGUAUUUCACAAUAAAUAACCUAACCCUAGUU